AUGGACGCCUUUAAACUGUUGACGAGAUCAACUAAGUUGAAGCCCGCGACCACCCAAUCUUCAACCAUCCCAUCAACAGGGAAAGCAGCAAACCCGCAACUUUUCAAAGCCGGGGAGAAGCUGGAGAAAGGAAGCGGCAAGAAGAGGAAACGGGCGCAUGGUACGGAAGAGGAAGCAGCAUCGGUCAAAGAGGAUACGUUGAACCUGGACUUCUUUAGCCGGGGCAGAGUAUCUAAGAGCUCGGAUGCGACAGCGGCAAAGGCGACCAUCGCUCCUGCGGGCCAGGAGGAAGCGUCUGAUUCGGAUUCCGACAGUGAUGAUGAGUUCAUGGAUGAAGUGCAGCGGCGGACGGUUCUAAAUGCGCAUAAGAUCAAGGUCACUGAUAUGCGUGACUUUGACGAGGUCGCAGCCGCUCAAGUCCAGAGUGAAGAGCCGAAGAAGAAAAAGAAGAAGCGCAAGCAGCAGGAAGAAGAGAAACAGCAGACCCAGCCUCUCAGUAAGAAAGAGCAGAAGAAGGCGCGUCGAUUGUAUCCGCAGCCGCUUGUUUCGUUCAAAGAGUUACGCUCGAAAUAUAAGAUCUCGAGACGUCUCGCGGAGAAUAUCGCCGAGCAGGGAUUCACCGUUCCAACUGAGGUUCAGCUGGGGAGCCUUCCUUUGCUCCUGGGCGACGGGGCGGUCUCUGGAGAGAAGCCGGAUUCUACGAGCACUACUGAGCCGGAUAUUCUGGUAGUUGCACCCACGGGAAGUGGAAAGACGCUGGCGUUUAUGAUCCCAGUGAUCAAUAAAAUUGUUCGGCAUCACCAUGAGCAGCCAGAAGAGCGUGGUAUCUUUGCCAUUGUUGUCGCCCCGACGAAGGAGUUGGCUAGCCAAAUUGUCAAUGAGGGAAGGAAGCUGGCACUUGGAACAGGUGUGAAGAUCACGCUGAUGAAAAAGGGGAUGCGGGUAGUGGAGCGUGACGGCGAAGAGGAUGACGUCUUAGAUGAAAGCAACUCGGACUCAUCAGAAUCCGAAAGCGACGAAAAGACUCCCGGCAACAAGAACAAGGGAGCGGUUCCAGUAACCAAGAGCGACAUCCUUGUCUCGACACCCUUGCAACUCGUCAAUGCGCUCUCUGAGAACAAGACGAAGCCUCUUGCGACAUUACCACUAGUAAGAAACUUGGUCAUGGACGAAGCAGAUGUCCUGUUAGAUCCUCUGUUUCGCGACCAGACGCUCGAUAUCUGGCGCUCUUGCACUCACCCAGAGCUUCGUGCCAGCCUUUGGUCCGCCACCAUGGGCUCCAGCAUCGAGGACAUGGCCAAAACAACAAUCAAAGAGCGGAAGCUCUCCUUGGCUCAAACCAAGUCAUAUCCCCUCCUCCGACUUGUCGUUGGUCUAAAAGAUUCCGCCAUUCCGAAUAUCAAGCACAAACUGGUCUACGCCGCUACAGAGCAAGGAAAGCUCCUCGGUCUCAGGCAACUACUCCACCCCACAGCAGCGACAGCUUCAGAUGUUCGCCUUCGCCCACCGUUCCUCGUUUUCACCCAGACCAUUCCUCGAGCCAUUGCGCUUCAUUCUGAGCUGCUUUACGACAUCCCUCCCGAGGCCGGUGGCUCUGCACGGAUUGCGGUGCUUCACUCGGACUUAUCAGAUACGCAGAGAUCAGAAAUCAUGAAAGGAUUCCGUAAGGGCGAGAUCUGGAUUCUUGUCACCACGGACUUACUCGCGCGUGGUGUUGACUUCCGCGGUAUCAACGGAGUUGUCAACUACGAUAUUCCCAACUCCCCGGCGGUCUACGUGCACAGAGUCGGACGGACUGGAAGAGCCGGUCGCGAGGGCGGUGUUGCAGUGACCUACUACACGAAAGAGGACAUUCCCUAUGUCAAGAGCAUCGCCAACAUCAUCGACACCAGUGAAAAGUUGCGGGGAGAGUCCGGUGAACGCUCGGUACAGAAAUGGCUACUAGAUGCCUUACCAGACCUCAGCAAGAAGAAUAAGAAAGAAUUGAAGAAGCAUGGUGUCAAGGCCAGACAGUCUGGUCUCAAGGGUACCACAGAGGACAAGGAGCAGCGCCGGACAAGAAUCAGCACAAAGAGUGGAUUCGAGCGGCGACAGGAAAACAACAAGAAGAUGAUGCUUGCCGCCAGCCGGAAGAGAUCACAAGCCCAGGAACAGGCUGGGUCCGAAAGUGCAAGUGAGGAUGACGGCUGGAAUGGCUUGGACGAUUAA